AACUGUACGCAGCGGAUCUUGAAACAAUGCAUAUUUCUAAUUUUUUAUACUGACAGCAACAACUAAUUAUGGAACUGAAUGCCCACCGGCAGCCCAACUGAUAACAGUAACUUAAUGAAAUCAUAGUCAUUGGCAUUCGUACGAGUCUACACAAUCGGUAUCAAGCAAUAUCUCAGCGUGUACAAGUUACUCCACUUUAAUUUAUUUUAUCAGUAAAGAGACCAGGUUCGGCACCAACAUUUUAAAGCAACUAUUAGAAAUUGUUGAAGUAAGAUUUAUGAAAACGCUAAUGGGCGUCAUUAGCACUUCGGCACCUUAAUGUAAAGAACUUCAUUUAAAAUAUAAAGUUCCAUAUUAAAACUAUCUUAUUAAAGAAUUCUAGUAUAAAUUAGGUUUUAAUUGAACACCCGCAACCGCUACUGCCAAAAUUAAAAAACGAAAUUAUCACUGCAAAAAUUUAACAAUAACGUUGGUGUAUUAUCUUAACAGAAUACUUCAAAAUAAACGUAUAAAAGAAAAAAUGUACAAGUUCUCGACUUUUAUCACAACUAAGUAUUGGAUCGAACGGUUAUUUGAUCGCUUUCAAACAUAAAAGAAAAUCACGUAGACAAAAAAGAACGUCGCGACGUUUACUUCUUAGGAGGAUGUACUCUCAACAAUUAAAAUAUGUGCUUGUGCUAUUGCUUAUUAAUGCGGCAUUAUGUCAAAACAUUAAGGAAGAAAAGAGUUUCACCACUGCUAUCGCGAACAUGGAGCGAUUGCUAAGAACAGAGAUUCAGCUUAUAGCAGAGUUAGAAAACUUUGCCAAUGAAUUACAAACAAAACUGAGUAUCAUACGCAGCGGUGCGGCUAUGAUGCGGCGGGAAAAUCUUAAAUCAAAAAGUGAUCCAGAGAAAUAUUUAUCGAAUCCCUUAAAUGCGUUUUCACUAAUGCGUCGUAUGCAAGCAGAUUGGAUUAGUUGGGAACUGUUUAUGUCGAAAUCCGUUGGUGAAGCUAAUAUAAAAGCUGUGCAGCAGUUGAGGGAAAAUGUGCCUGACGCUAAAGAUCUUUCCGAAGCAAUAUCUGCAAUUUACCGCCUGCAAAGAACUUAUGACUUAAAGGCAUCCGAAAUGGCAGCUGGUUACUUACAUGGCAAUCAAUAUGAGGCCAAACUAUCAUCACUCGAUUGUUAUACAAUAGGAGUGGGGCUGUUUGAUCGAGAGAUGUACUAUGAUGCAGGGUUCUGGUUAUAUAUCGCGCUAGAGUCAUAUGAUCAAAAUGAUCUUUUUACUGCUAUUGAAUUUAAUAAAGUGAAGAUUUUAGAAAUGUAUGCGGAAACAAUGCUGAAGCAUAAUAGACCAGAAGAUGCUCUUUUAGUAUUAGAUAAGGCAAUUGAUUUAUCUCCGCGAAGUGCAACACUUCUGAGUAAAAAAAUUGAUAUUAAAGCAAAGAUAAGAGUAGAUAAGUCACCACCCAAAGUUUAUUCGAUUAAGGAACCAUCUGAUUAUGAACGAGGAUGCCGUGGAGAAUACGACGAUAAAAUGCCUCAAAUGUAUUGUACUUUUAAUACCACGACUACGCCAUUUCUACGAAUUGCACCUCUUAAAAUGGAGAUUGUGCAAUUAGAUCCCUACAUGGUUAUCUACCAUGAUGUGAUAUCUGACAAAGAAAUAGCUAUUCUCAAACAUAUGGCAAUACCACAACUAAAAAGAGCUACAGUCUAUAGUGAAAAUUCUAGUAAAAGUGUUGUGGUUGACAGGCGAACUUCUCAAUUCGCGUGGUUUUAUGAUAAAACAAAUGAUGUGACAAUACGACUCAAUGAGCGGAUAACUGACAUGACAGGUUUUAAUUUGGUGGGAUCGGAAAUGUUGCAGGUGAUGAAUUACGGUCUCGGAGGUCAUUAUGAUACACAUUAUGACUUUUUUAAUGUUUCUGCGGAUACCGAAAUUAUACGUACAACUGGAAAUAGAAUUGCAACUGUCCUAUUUUACUUAAGUGAUGUUGAACAAGGAGGUGCAACGGUUUUUCCAAAUAUAGAAACAUCUGUUUUACCAAGGAAAGGCAUGGCAGUUAUGUGGUAUAAUCUUAACAAUAGAGGGGACGGAAAUUGGUUGACAUUGCAUGCAGCUUGUCCUGUUAUAGUUGGAUCCAAAUGGGAAAUGGAAACUGAACACGAUGAAGCGCUUUCGAUUGGAUUAGAGUACUUUGAAAAUCCCGUUAAUAAAUAUCUGUUAACAAAGCGUCUUUUAGUAGAUUGGGAGCGGGUGCAAAACUUAAUUGAACAUAAAUCUGGAAAAAAACAUUUGGAUAAAAUCAAAAAAAGUAUGCAAAAAGAGAUGUUUCCUGAUGAAUCGGAAUUGAGAGGAGCUAUCGAAGGAUUUUUACGUUUGCAAGACAUAUAUCGGUUAAAGACUAACGAUAUGGCCUCUGGUGUACUGCAGGGUAGAGUGUAUCCUACUUAUUUAGAUGCGUCACUCUGUUUCGAUAUAGGUCAACAAGCCAGUAAUAUUAAUAAACCAAAACUGGCACAUUCUUGGUUUUUGAAAGCUUUGGACAAAAAUGGUGAUCCUAACAAAACUAAUUUAACACUGCAGAUUAAAAUUCUUGAUUCGCUGGCUCAAAGUAAAAUUGUGUUGAGAGAUUUUAGAGGUGCAAAUCAAAUAUAUAUGAAAUUGCUAUUGCUAACACCGGAUAAUAAAGCAUUUGUUAAGAAAUAUGCCAGCUUCCUAGAAAAAUAUAGGAAACAGAUUAUUUUAGAAGUGGACUUAAUGGAUGAACACGAGCCACUACCUGUUAAUAUGUACAAUCUUAGUGAAGAUGACGCCUAUAAGUUAACUUGCAGUGGAUAUUUAAAACGUAGUGCUAGUGAAGAACGGUACUUAAGGUGCGGAUAUUUAACAGAGACACAUCCCUUUUUAAAUUUAGCACCAAUUAAAGUUGAGGAACUAAACCAUGAUCCUUUGUUGGUACUUUAUUAUGAUAUAAUAUCCGAUAAUGAGAUUGCGGUUAUGAAGGAGUUGGUUCAUAACAGAAUUCAAAGAGCGACCAUUAUUGGACAUAAUGGCUCAGUUAUAUCUCCCGUUCGAACUAGUCAGUUUGUUUUCUUACCAAAAUCUCAACAUAGAUUGUUGGAAACGAUUGAUAGACGCGUGGAAGAUAUGACGAAUCUUAAUAUGCUUUAUUCAGAAGAUCAUCAGUUUGCAAAUUAUGGUGUCGGUGGACACUAUGCACAACAUUAUGAUUGGUUUUACAAUGCAGAUAAAUCCUUAAUAGCAUCUCCAGAGAUGGGAAACCGCAUCGGAACAGUUUUGUUUUAUCUUAGUGAUGUCGAACAAGGCGGAGGAACAGCGUUUCCGCACUUAAAGACGCUGCUGAUGCCUAAAAAGGGAACAGCAGCAUUUUGGUACAAUUUACAUGCUUCGGGUGAUGGUGAUAUGCGUACUUUACAUGGUGCUUGUCCUAUAAUUGUUGGAUCCAAAUGGGUUCAAAAUCGAUGGAUCAGAGAAUUCUAUCAGGACGAACGACGACCAUGUCUCAUGUAUAAUGACAAAACGUAAAUAAAGGUUUAUUUAUGUUAUAUGCAUAUUGCUUAAUACUUAUAGUUCUUCUAAGAAAACAACACAAGUUAUUAGUUU